GCAUCCACCCCGCUCCCCUCUCUGUCACCCCGGGCCAAACCCGCCCAGCUCCUCUCUCCGCCUGUUUUCCCGCACUGCUCGGCCCGGACACACACUGCACUCUCUCACUCUCCCUCACACACACACACACACACGGAGCGAGGAGACGAUAUGGAGACGGAAGGGAGCCAGAGCAGCCUGUCCACCACGGACUCCCCCCACGACCCCUGUAAAAUGUUCAUAGGUGGACUGAGCUGGCAAACAACACAAGAGGGUCUGAAGGAGUACUUCUGCAAGUACGGGGAGGUGAAGGAGUGUAUGGUGAUGCGAGAUCCGGUUACCAAGCGCUCGAGAGGGUUCGGAUUCGUCACCUUUGUUGAUCAGGCCGGCGUGGAUAAAGUUUUGGCCCAGACCAGGCACGAGUUGGACUCCAAAACAAUCGAUCCGAAGGUUGCGUUCCCUCGCAGAGCCCAGCCCAAGCUGGUGACUCGAACCAAGAAGAUCUUUGUGGGAGGCCUGUCAGUGAACACGACCAUCGAGGACGUCAAGCAGUACUUUGACCAGUUCGGGAAGGUCGACGAUGCUAUGCUCAUGUUCGACAAGACCACCAACAGACACAGAGGGUUCGGCUUUGUGACGUUUGAGAACGAGGAUGUGGUGGAGAAAGUCUGCGAGAUCCACUUCCACGAGAUUAACAACAAAAUGGUGGAGUGUAAGAAAGCUCAGCCCAAGGAGGUGAUGUCCCCCACGGGCUCGGCCAGGGGGCGCUCUCGCGUGAUGCCCUAUGGGAUGGAUGCCUUCAUGCUGGGCAUUGGUAUGCUGGGUUAUCCCGGCUUCCAGACGGCCACCUACACCAGCCGGAGCUACGCUGGCAUCACUCCUGGAUACACCUACCAGUUCCCGGAGUUCCACUUAGAGAGGACUCCCCUUCUGACUUCACCCCAUCCCCCUGAGCUCACAGCCAUUCCUCUCACAGCGUAUGGACCAAUGGCAGCAGCAGCGGCAGCAGCAGCAGUCGUCAGAGGCUCUACCCCGUCUCGCUCAGCUGGAUUUUUAAGUACGAGCAGCCCUGGGCCGAUGGCAGACCUGUAUGGGACAGCCAGUCAGGAGUCAGCAGUCAGCAGUUACCUCAGCGCUGCCAGCCCCGCCCCGAGCACUGGAUUCAGCCAUAGUUUGGGGGGCCCUUUGAUUGCCACAGCCUUCACUAACGGAUAUCACUAAGAGUGUAGAGCUGUAGACUGAGAGCUGAAAGGAGUUUCGGAGCUGAUCUGGCCUGUCUCUGUCCGGUCCACCUCUGCGGCUGGGGCGGCUCGACCUUCGACCACCACCACCGACCCCCCCCAGCCGACCCUACUGACGCUUCACUUAACUCCACCUCCUGACGAAACGAAAGAAGAGAAACUUCAUAAAAGGAGCGUUUAUCACUAUUUGUAAUAGCGACACAUGCAGAUGCUGAAUUUUUAGUGUUUUUUCUGUUGUUAUGUUUUACCUUGCUGUUUUUUUUUUUUGAUGGCUGUGUUUCUUUAUCUGUUUUGGUUGUAUUUUAUUGGAUUAUUUGAACUUUGGCCUCUGAGAUAAGAGGAGUUCAAGCUCCGGGUGAAUCCCAUUUGAAGGUCAAGAGCUGUAAUUUGUACUGAGGAAAAAAAACCUGUAUAUUUGUCUAGUUGUCUAUACUAGUUCAUACUGAAUUUUAACAGAACAUUUGUGAUUAAUACUAUUUCCUGACAAUGUGUCAUAAAGUGUAUAUCUUGGUAGGUUUCUAACAAAGACUUGUACUACUAAUAAUGGUCAGACAAAGGUCAUUAGUCCCUGUUGCAUAAUAUGCCAACAUGAGCUGUACAAUUUUGUAAAAUAUUGUAAAUAUGGUUUUCGGGGGGCUUAGAGAGUGGAGGGUGGGGGUUCAGCUAAUUGUGUGGGGGAGGCUUUGGAGAAAGGUGUUGGAAAGCUUGACUGUUACGUAUCAUAUUUUCACAUGGGGGUCGAGAACAUUUCAGUUUGCCUGUCACCAGACCAGCCGUUCAGUGCAUCUCUCUCCAGGCUUCUAUGGAGGACGUCUCACUAGAGUGUGUUAGUGCUGCAUCAGAGUUGAAACACUUUACGUGCAGCAGAGGAGAGACGCUGAGUCUGGAACAACAGUCAUCAAUCAGGAGAGUUAACAA